GCAUGUGCGCGCAUACUGGCAUUUGACAGUAGUUAAAGUUGAGCCAGAGUCAAUGAAUAUAAGAUAGUUAACGUUUAUAAGAUAGUAUCAAAUAUAACCGGCGUCAAAUCUAAAAAUUUGAGCAAAUAAAUAAUUUGAGAACAAACGUACUUUUUAUAUAUGUGUAAAAAGUAAAUGACAUAACGAUAAUGAAAAGAAAUAUUAUUUAUAUGGUUUUAUAUAUUGAAUAAAUAAAGAAAUUCAUUGGAUUGAAGAAAAUUCAAUGAAAUAGUGACAGUUGACAACAACCUAAAAAAAUUUAUUUAUCCUUAGAAAGAGGAUUGAAAGUUAGUGAAUAAAGGUGAAAAUUAUUUAAUUUUUCAUAAUGGAAAAAGAGCAGUUGGCGGAAUUUAAUCAUCAACAGUUAGACAAUAAUAUCAAUAAGACAUCACUGACAGAUAGUAAUAUCAAACGUGACUCAGACUCUAUGGAUGACUUUGAACAUCUUGAACAUCUGGCACCUUCACCUACGGAUAAUUCAAUGCCAUCCGAGUUGAAUGAAUCAUCAGUCCAACUUAUUGACGUUCCACGUGCUCCAAAAAAUCUUAUUGACGCAGCAGCAAAACUCGAGAAGAAUCUUUUGGACUCAACAGUGUUUGAUCCAUCAGAUGAAAAGAUUUUACAACCAGUUCCAGCUACUCCGCCACCUUCUGCAGACUUAGAUAAGUUCAGUGAAACAAUGUCAUUGGAUAGUGCGCAGACGUUGGAUCCAUUUGAAGCAUUGCAGCAUCAAGUUGGUCAAGUUGACGCGAAAACUGCAACAAUGGCGUUUAUGGAAACUGAACGAUCUGGAUUUUCACCAAAUAUUUUGUCAACACACUCAUCAUCUAAUUUCCAUGACAAUCAUCUAUUUGAAGGUAAUACUAACGACCAAAAAGAUAUACCUCGUUUUACACAGAUUGAACAACCUUCACUUGUAGAUGAUUCAAACAUUAAAGAAUUUAUUGAGAAUAAAACUAUUGAUGAUUUUAACCUUAAACAAUCUACCGAUGAAAAUUCUUCCAAGUCUGAUAUUAUAAAUUCUGCUAAAAAAAUGGAUGACAAAGAAGGAACUUGUAAUAAUAUUUUAGAUGAUAUUAAAUCGUCUGUACUUCCUGUUCCGGAAAAUCCAACUUUAAUGAACUUUUCGACUGAUGAAUUAAUGAAUCAUAAUACUGAAUCUUUAAAAGGCUCUUCCAUAAAUAUUUUAGAAAAAGAUCAUGAAUUUGAAUCAAAUAAACCUCUACCUUCAAUACCAAAAGAUAAUUUGAACAAUAAGCCAGAAGUUGAUAAAUUUGAAAUGACAAAUAAUUACCUUCCAUCAGAUAGCCCAACAUUUAUGAACUUUUCAACUGACGAAUCUAAAAAUCAUAAUACUGAAUCAUUGAAAGUAUCUUCUAAAAAUAAUACUGAAUUUAAUUCUAAAAAUAUAGAGAAAGAACACGAUUUUGCACCAGUCAAACCACUACCUCCAUUACCCAAAGAAGAAUCGAAAUUUUUAGAACCAGGUGUUGAUACAGAAACUGGAGAUUCUGAAUUUGAAUCAGAGCCUGAACCAUCACCAGCAAAAACAGCAAUACCUCCAGUAACAAGAAUAACUAAACAGUUUUCUAAAGAAAGUCAUUUUAAAUCUUAUUUACCAGAGAAAAAAUAUGAAGAUGAAAUCGCUCCCAACAAGAUAUUCCCGGACAUAGGACUUGGUGCAUGGUUUAAUCCAGAAAGACUAAAUCCUAAAGUGGCGUCACUCAUUUACUGGCGUCAACCAGAAAAAACAGGACUUGUCUUCGGAAUAACAUUGGGAAUUCUCUUUUCGCUGGCCUACUUUAGUUUGAUCAGCGUUUUUUCAUAUGUGGCACUUCUUACUCUUGUUGGAACCAUGGGAUUCCGUAUUUACAAAACAAUUCUACAAGCAAUUCAAAAAACUUCAGAUGGACAUCCAUUCAAAGAUAUCCUUGAGCUUGAUCUUACAUUACCAUCAGAGAAGGUCCAUGAAGUUGCUGAUAUUGCCGUUGCACACGUUAAUGCUGCAAUUUUUGAAUUACGCAGACUUUUCCUUAUUGAAGAUUUUAUUGAUUCACUUAAAUUGGGUGUGGGAUUAUGGUGUUUGACUUACGUUGGCUCGUGGUUCAAUGGAAUGACUCUAAUCAUUAUUGGAGUGGUCGCGUUAUUUACACUACCUAAAGUUUAUGAAACAAACAAGACACAAAUUGAUCAGAAUUUGGCUUUAGUGCAAGGGAAAAUUAAUGAAAUCACAGCUUAUUUUUUAACUAUGUCCAUGAGCGACGUGGACCACGAAAAGAGGAAACAAAUCUCAGUAAGGGGGAUUGUUGAUGUUGCUAAUGUAGCAAACUUUAAGAAGACUUUCAAUCGGCACCUGCAUUAUACUCUUGUGAAAGAUCGAAACGUUGCGACCACCAGAGAUUAUUACUUUGCGUUGGCCUACAGCGUUAAAGAUAGUCUUGUUUCGAGAUGGAUUCGUACUCAACAAUAUUAUUAUGAAACCGAUCCGAAGAGAGUUUAUUAUUUAUCAUUGGAAUAUUAUAUGGGUCGGAGUCUCCAAAAUACUAUGAUAAAUUUGGGAAUACAAGGAGCCUGUGAUGAAUCUAUGUAUCAGCUAGGAUUGGAUAUCGAAGAACUGGAAGAACUAGAAGAGGAUGCAGGAUUAGGAAAUGGAGGUUUGGGACGUCUCGCUGCAUGCUUCUUAGACAGUAUGGCAACGUUGGGUCUUGCUGCAUAUGGUUACGGUAUUCGUUAUGAAUAUGGAAUAUUUGCGCAAAAAAUAAAAAAUGGAGAACAAGUGGAAGAACCUGAUGACUGGCUUCGUUACGGAAAUCCAUGGGAAAAAGCAAGACCAGAAUUCAUGCUUCCUGUACAUUUCUAUGGACAUGUAAUUGAUACUCCUGAAGGAAAGAAAUGGGUUAACACACAAGUUGUUUAUGCUAUGCCAUAUGAUAAUCCAAUUCCAGGUUACAAUAACAAUGUUGUAAAUACUUUAAGAUUGUGGUCUGCUAAAUCACCGAUUGAGUUCAAUCUCAAAUUUUUCAAUGAUGGUGAUUAUAUUCAAGCUGUAUUUGAUCGAAACUUGGCUGAAAACAUAAGUCGAGUUUUGUAUCCUAAUGAUAAUUUCUUCGAAGGUAAAGAAUUACGUCUUAAGCAAGAGUACUUUAUGGUAGCAGCUACUCUUCAAGAUAUUAUUCGCCGAUAUAAAUCAAGUAAAUUUGGAUCACGUGAGCAUCACAGAACUGAAUUCGAUGAAUUUCCAAAUAAAGUUGCUAUACAAUUGAAUGACACCCAUCCAUCACUAGCUAUUCCAGAGCUUAUGAGAAUUCUUGUUGAUAUCGAAGGAUUAUCAUGGGAAAAAGCAUGGGAUAUAACGACUCGUACUUGUGCAUAUACAAAUCACACUGUUCUUCCUGAGGCUUUAGAAAGAUGGCCUGUGAGCAUGUUAGAAAGCAUUCUACCUCGUCACUUACAAAUCAUUUAUCACAUCAAUUUCUUACAUUUACAAGCAGUAGGAGCUAAAUACCCCGGCGACCUUGAUCGCCUUCGACGUAUGUCUCUUGUUGAAGAGGAUGGUGAGAAACGAAUUAAUAUGGCACAUUUAUCAAUUGUUGGUAGUCAUGCGAUAAAUGGUGUUGCUCAAAUUCAUUCUGAUAUUUUGGCCAACAGUGUCUUUAAAGAUUUCUAUGAAAUGCAUCCUCAUAAAUUCCAGAACAAAACCAAUGGAAUUACACCCCGACGAUGGUUAUUAUUAUGCAAUCCAAAUCUCUCAGAUGUAAUUGAAGAAAAAAUUGGAAGUGAUUGGACAGUUCAUCUUGAACAGUUGAAGGAAUUGAAAAAAUGGGCAAAAGAUCCAUCAUUUCAAAGAAGUGUUGUAAAAGUGAAGCAAGAAAAUAAGCUUAGAUUAGCUGAAUUACUUGAAAAAGAUUAUGGUGUCAAGGUGAAUCCCGCAUCGAUCUUUGACAUUCAAGUAAAACGUAUUCAUGAGUACAAACGUCAACUUCUCAAUUGCUUACAUAUUAUUACUCUCUACAAUCGAAUUAAAAAGAAUCCUUCAGCUCCAUUUGUACCAAGAACUAUUAUGAUUGGUGGUAAAGCAGCACCUGGAUAUCUCCUCGCUAAAAAAAUUAUCAAACUUAUUUGUAGCGUUGCUAAUGUUGUUAACAACGAUCCUAUUGUUGGUGAUAAAUUAAAAGUCAUCUUUUUAGAAAAUUAUCGAGUUACAUUAGCUGAGAAAAUAAUUCCUGCGGCAGACUUGAGUGAACAAAUUUCAACUGCUGGUACAGAAGCUUCAGGAACUGGAAACAUGAAAUUCAUGUUGAACGGAGCUCUGACAAUUGGUACCAUGGACGGAGCAAAUGUAGAAAUGGCAGAAGAGAUGGGAAAAGAGAAUAUAUUCAUAUUCGGAAUGGUUGUAGAUGAAGUUGAAGACUUGAAAAAGCGUGGAUACAACGCAUGGGAAUAUUACAAUAAAUUACCAGAAGCAAAACAAUGUAUCGAUCAAAUUUCUGGAGGAUUCUUUAGUCCGAAUAAUCCUGACGAAUUCAAAGAGAUUACUGAUGUCUUGAUGAAGUGGGAUAGAUUCUUCCUUUUGGCUGAUUAUGAAGACUAUAUCAAAACUCAAGAUCGUGUUAGUCAAAUGUACUUAGAUCAAAAUAAAUGGGCAGAAAUGGCAAUUCACAAUAUUGCUUCUUCGGGUAAAUUCUCAUCCGAUAGAACCAUUAUGGAAUAUGCUCGUGAUAUUUGGGGUGUUGAACCUUCCUGGAAAGCGUUACCUGAUCCUCAUGAGCCACGAGAUAUUUAAAGAUCUUAAGGUUUUUGAACCUGCCUCUUAAAUACAUUUAUAAUCAAUAAUGUAUAUUGAAACUGUUACACAAGUGUAUUGUAUUAUUACAAUAUCAUUAUGUUAAUAAUCUUUUAUUAUGAAAAGAUAACAAAAUAUCUGAAGAAUACUCUUAUUAUUGUCUAAAAGUUUUAAUAAUAGAUCUAUAUGAAUAAAAUAAUAAUAUUAAUGA